AUGUCAAAUCUUACAAAGCUCGAAUUUAACGCUCUUGAUAUCUCUGGCAACAAUUAUUUAACAUGGAUUCUUGACGCUGAAAUCCAUCUCAAUGCUAUGGGUCUUGGAGACACCAUAAAAGGAGGCAAUAUAAAAUCUGAACAAGAUAAAGCAAAGGCUAUGAUAUUUCUUCGCCAUCAUCUACACGAGGGUUUAAAAACUGAAUACUUUACUGUUAAGGAUCCCUCAAUCCUUUGGAAGGAACUAAAAGAAAGAUAUGAUCAUCAGAAAACGAUAACUUCUCAACUGAAAUUAUGCGGUGAAAAUGUCUCUGAUAAAGACAUGUUGGAAAAGACUUAUUCUACUUUCCAUGCCAAUAAUAUGCUCCUGCAGCAGCAAUAUCGUGAACGAGGAUUCACAAAAUAUUCAGAACUUAUUUCAGUGUUACUACUUGCUGAGCAAAAUAAUGAGCUCUUAAUGAAAAAUCAUCAAGCACGUCCAACUGGAUCAACACCAUUCCCUGAAGUGAAUGUUGUGACCACUAACGAUUCUGAGCAAAAUAAACAAUUUGGACGUGGACGAGGGCAUGGACGUGGAUUUGUACGUGGACGUGGACGUGCCCGUGGACGAGGUUUUGGGCAUGGUCGAAGUUAUACUCACCAACCUCACUCAAACUUUAAAAAGAAAUCUCACCACCUGAAGUGGACAAGAAAUGAGGAAAAACCAAAGGGAAGUACAGUGGUUACAAGGACUGAAAGUAUAUGUCACCGUUGUGGAAUGAAAGGCCACUGGAGUCGUACCUGUCGUACGGCCAAACAUUUGGUCGACCUCUAUCAAGCCUCUUUAAAAGGUGUUGAAACUAAUUUUACUGAGAAAAAUGAUCCCUUGGAAAUUGCCCAUCUAGAAGCACACCUUGGAAGUGGAAAUCAAGUUGAUCCUUCAAGCCUGACUCAUAUGGAAGUUGGUGAUUUUUUUGAGGAUGGGAUUGUGGAGAUGACCAAAUUUGAUGGCGGCGAGAACUAA